AUGUUCUACUUCUACGAGCCGGAUAAAUCUGGACAUAAAUACGGUCCAGAUUCUAAGGAGGUGUUGGAUGCCAUUGAACUCGCUAACGAUGGCAUUGCUUACCUACUGCAGAGAAUCGAAGAAACCCCAAGUCUGAAGGGGAAGAUCAAUGUUGUGGUAUCAUCUGAUCAUGGAAUGACUCAAGUUGAUCCGGUAAACAAGGUCAUUGAUGUGUACAGCAAAAUAAAAGACUUGUCCUACAUUGCUGAUACCUCUGCUGCCAGUAUCGGUCUGUGGCCACAGGAUGGCACUACCAUUGAAGAACUUCACAACGCCCUUGCUGGUCUCCCCCAUCUCUCUGUUUACUACAAACAUGAAAUCCCUGAGAGAUAUCACUUUAAAAACAACCGCAGGAUCGCGCCAGUUUUCGGCAUUGCUGAUCUUGGAUAUUUGGUCAAAUAUAGCCCGAAAGAUUACUCGAAUUUGUACGGAACGCACGGAUACGACAACGCCGAAUCUGACAUGCAUCCAUUUCUCGUGGCUUUCGGACCAGAUGUGAAGAAGAUGGAGGGGAUUCAGAAAUUCUUCCAGAUCGAUAUCUACCCCUACAUCUGUGCGAUGUUGGGCUUGGACAGGCCGAACAGAAUCGACGGUCGCAUUAGCCGCACUCUACCAUUUCUCGUGAAUAAACCAAGCGACGAAUUUCUGAACCAGUUCCAACUCUACGAAAUGGGUGUUCUUGUUUCGUGA